UUCUAAUAAUUUCGUUACUCGCAUGCGAUUUGUUGCAAGGUCUGUAGAGGCUUUAAAGCGACAUUCGAUACGAUCCCUACUUGCUGGUGACAGAACAUUGCAGUAAUUUCAAAGAGUAGUAUAAUAUAUAGGAGAAAGAGAGCCCUCUCGUGGAACUUUUUUGUAUCCAUUUUGAGUAAUAUCAUAAAUUAGUGUAUGUUAUUACUGUAAAGUAAUAUCCCCUAUUUGGUGCCAGACUUUGACCAUCAUUUGUGACUUUUGUUUUGCUUUAAGACAUCGGGGUCAUUGGGUCCCAUACAAACAUUUGAUCCUCAAAACAAACCUGAUCGACUGACACCAUUAAUUAGCCAGCCUUUUUCAACGAAAAUCCUUUGUGCUAUUGUCAUAGGUUAAUCCGGAUUUAUUACUGUUCCUAAAAUGCUGUCAUCAUGCUGUCACGUCAUAGUUGCGUUGUCGAUUGCAAUAUUGACACGUACAUAAACAAUAAUUUCAUAAGUAUAUUUACAUUGUGUCUAAGUAUUUUUGUUAUGUCGUUAAAUGAUUAUCAAGUACAUAAUAUCUACCGAUACACGAGGAAAACAUACAAACAGAAUAGGAACUGUCCGCGGGAUUGUACUCUUGACAAUUCACGGGAAGAUGGAACCGUGGAUCAACCUGAGAAUUCUAGAGAAGAGUUUGAUUUGAUAGAUCAUUCACCUAGAAGCGACGAUUAUGCUUUGGUCACUCCCGAGUGCCACUACGACUUGGAUACGCAAGGAGACGUGGCCAGCAUUCUGCACAAAAAAUGUCCAGUUAUAACCUUGGCUCAGCAACAACUUUCAAGGGUUCUCGAAGAGACUAACCAUAUGUUAUCCAGAGUCCCUGAAGAAAAUUGCAGUGCACUAAUUCGCUACAUAUGCCAUUGCAAGGAUGCAAUCUUAUGGCAAAACAGAGCAAAUUUUGUUCUGGGAGUCCUACUUUCUGUGGUGUUCCUCGCCGGUCUACUGUUUGUAGCGGCAACAUGCGGCACUCACUACGGGAAGUUCAAUAACCCAAUACUUAACUGUAUAGACAACUACUUUAUUCCUGACAGUAUAAGUAUUGAAGAAACUUUCCACUGUAUUACGUAAGAAUUAUUUUGUAAUUUUUAAAU